AUGGCGGGUCCAUCCUUCAGCCCAGAAAUAUGGCGUCUAGUCUUCGAAAACCUCAACUCAACGCAAGACAUCUACAACAUCUGUCUUGUCUGCCGCUCCUUUAAAACAAUCGCUACACCCCUCCUCUACCGCUCACUGACCGUGAUUCCAAAUCCCCGCUCGUCGCCCGAUCAACAAGACGCCCGCGUGGAUGAGCAUAUAAUAGAGCGCCUCGAAAGCGACGAGCAAGACAAGACCUUCCGCCUCAGACACUGGGUGCAAGAAGUGACCUUCGCCCCUUCUCUGUUCUUCGCCCCUCACUACUCAGGCCGAGACCGGGGAUUCGACCGCUCCCAAUUUAUCCAGCAGAGUGACCAUCCGAUCACGGUGCUGUCGCACCUGCCGAAUCUCCGCAGAAUCACCCUCACGAUUCCGCAGCUGCAGUCGGCAGAGUUAAUUGAUCUUGUAACUGAGCACCCCAGAAAACCGGAGAUCAUUCUUUCCCUGCAUUGCUUCUUUGAGUACGAGUUUGCAGAGCGGAUAAAGAGGUGGGACGAGAACGACACCAAGGAUGAGACACUACGACUCCUUUUAUCUCGCGUCGUAGGUCUAGACAUCUCAGUUGAUCCCUUCUACGAGGAACGACCUUUCAUGCUAGGCCACGGACCCAACGAGCGGAUUCUCACCGUGCAGAAGCUCUCCUUCAGCUGUCCCAGUCUCCGCACCUUCACGCUCAGUCUCUUCGGGAAUUACGGCGGCUGCGUUGAGAUAGUCCCUUGGUUUCCGCUCAUUGACUCGUUCCGCUUAACGGGAACGGAAGUCUUCCCACCCCUCGAAGAACUGGCGUUGAACGGGUACAACAUGCGCAAGAAUGAGUGGCCGUACUGGCGCGAUGGUCUUGACUGGUCCCGCUUGAAAGCCUUGACCCUCGGGCCGCAGGACUCAUUCGGUCUGCUUGGUCGACUUGCCGGGUAUGCGACCUCUUUGAAGGUAUUAAGGGUCUACUGCUACGAGGACGAAGCCGAAUAUAAAGACCGGAAAGGUCUUUCUAGGUUUCUGCGAUCUUUUGGCACCCUAAGGACGUUGGAGUUGAGGGGGUACAUUUGCGCUAUUGGCGCGAUUGCGCAUCAUAGGAACUUGUUGAGCCUCUGCUUGCAUGAGGAUGAGUCUUCUAGAGCAGGGUACCGUAACCGGAGGAGGGUUCUUACGGUCGAGGAGUUGGAUCUGCUUGACAAGCAAUGCCCGGACUUGCGGGUCCUGGAAGUUGGAAUCAGGCGGAAAGAUGAACUGCCUCUUGGGAUCCUGACCAAGCUAGCAACAUCUUUCAAGAACCUGCAUUGCCUCUCGCUGCACUUCGAGCUCGGCAUAUUGGACCGCGAGCCCAUCAUGCCAACCCUGUCUCUCGCAACAGCGCGGAGCAUAGGGCAAAUGAUGUUCGACUUACGCAGGCAAUGCGGUUUUAUGAAUACGACAAGUUCAAACCCAUACCCUUUCAAAUUAACCCUUUGGACGGGACGAGCCUACCGCCGCUACCCACAGAUGCCUCCCCGAUUUGACUCGUGGGAGUUGAAGUUUACGAAUACUUAUGAAGUUCAAUUGCCGGUGAAUAAGAAGGACGGCGACAACGAAGUGGAGGUUCGUCUGACGAAGGGGCAAGGGCUGGAUCCUGAUAUUCGGCGAAGUGAGACUCCUGACUUAUGA